AUGAUGAGAUUUGAGACAAUUAAUGCAAUUGCUGCUCUAAGCGCAGCUGCCGCUGCUGUUGACAAAAUUGGCUCCAAACGGGUCUAUUACUGUCAACGUUGUCUUAAUCAUAAUCGUUUGGAACCACGUAAGAAUCACAAAUGCGAAUGUGUAUAUGCCAAUUGCGCCUGUAACAAAUGCAUACUGGUUGAAAAAAGACGUGUACUUAAUACUCAACUGCAUGAGUUGGAAGAUGUUGCUGAUGUAGAAAAUGAAGUUGGUGUUGAUGAUCAUUGUGGUUUGACAGCUAGAUCAAAAGGAGGUUGA